AUGAAUUUCAAACAGCUUAAUAAUUCUGAUGAAAUUCAAAUAAAGAAUGGUUCUAAAAUAUCAAUAUCAAAGGAAAAGAUUUUAAACGAAAACAAAUUUACAGUUUAUUUUGGAGAUAAUGAUAAUUUUAAAAUUCAAAAGCACCUACUAAAUGGACAAAACUUAAUUGAAAUAUUGAAUAACUUCAGUUUUAAUAAAGAUAUUACAUUAUUAAAAGAAAGUGAAAAGUACAUCUAUAAACUUAUUCGUAAAGAAACUGAGUCAAAGAACGGAUUUACAAAAUAUUCAACUGAGCAAAUAGAAUCAUUUCAAAAGUUACAAGAAUUAGUGAGUGAAAAGUUAAUUGAAAAGUUAAUUGAAAAUGAAAUAAAUAUUAUAUCUGAUUCUGAAUUACCAGAUAUAUGGUUGUUUAAAAUGAAUUUUAUUUUUAAUAAUAGAAAUAUAAUUACAAAAAAAAAUAAAUUUCAAAAUGAAUUAAAUCUUUCAACGUCUAUCGAGAUUGAAAAAUUAAAUUUAAUAAAUUCAAAUGUGUUUACAAUUUUAUAUGAAUUGAUUGAAAAUUUGUUUAAAAAGCACAAAGAAAUAUUAAUUAUUGUCUAUCAAUGGUUGUCGAUAUUUGGUUAUUUAUUAAUAAAAAUCACACAAAACGAAUUUCAUAUUUCAAUCAAAGUUCAAAUUGAUAAAAUUUCUCAAAAUUUAUUUCAAAAAUUUAAACAAAAAGAUGAUUUGGAAAACAGUGUUUUAUAUGUAAUUAUAUUAAAAAACAAUCAAACUUUAAAAGAAUAUUAUUUAAAGCAAACCUUGACGGGUUUGAAUGAAAAAAAGAAACAAAUUUCAAAUACUAUCGACUCAUCAUCAGCUGAUUCAAAUAUUAAAAAAGAAUUAAGAGAGACAUCGCGGUUCCGUCGAACAUUUUUCAAGAGGGCCAUAACACGGUCAAAACUGACAUAA